UAUCGUUAUGGAAGUGAAGUGGAAUAUGAUCAUACUACAGGAGAGGUGAACGAUGGUGUAUGCGUGUGUAGAAAGUGGCAUUUUCGCCGAUGGCUAAUAUAUAAACGGAGCGGCGGAAUCACAGACACACAGAGAGCCUUCCUGCAUCCCAUAGCAAUCAUGAAGGCCUUGGUUGUAGUGAGCGCAGUUUGCUUUUGCAUUGCUCUAGCUGCAGAACCCGACACAAAAUCGGCAACGCAGGAGAGCAAAAAACAGGACAAACGCGGGAUCUUCGGCCUCGGUGACCAUGGGGGUGGCGAUUUCGGUGGCGGCGGUUAUGGAGGGGGUGGCUAUGGAGGAGGAGGUGGAUAUGGAGGAGACGGCGGCUAUGGAGGAGGUUAUGGAGGUGGUCUAGACCUUGGAGGCGGUGGUCACCAUCACGAAUCAGUCAAAACCAUCGUCGUGGAAAAGAAAAUCCCAACCCCCGUAGAAGUCAUCAAGCAUGUCCCUUACACGGUAGAAAAGAAAGUACCGUACGAGGUCAAGGUAUCAGUACCCCAACCCUACACCGUGGAAAAGAAAGUACCCUACCCCGUCAAAGAGUACAUCAAAGUACCCUACUAUGUCCCACAACCCUACGAAGUCAUCAAGAAAGUACCAUACGAAGUGAAAGUACCAGUGCCCAGACCCUACGAAGUCAAGGUACACGUUCCCCAACCUUACACAGUCGAGAAAAAGAUCCCAGUACCAGUGAAAGUACCAGUGCCGCAGCCAUACACCGUCUACAAAAAAGUACCCUACCCAGUCAAAGUAGAAAUCCCGGUUCCACAACCCUACACCGUAGAAAAGAAAGUACCGUAUGAAGUCAAAGUACCAGUCGACAGACCGUACCAUGUGCACGUACCCAAACCGUAUCCAGUCACCGUAGAAAAGCACGUGCCUUAUCCAGUGGACAAGCCGGUACCUUACGAGGUGAGAGUACCGAUCGACAGGCCUUAUCCAGUGUCUGUACCCAAACCUGUGCCUUACCCGGUCAAGGUACCGGUACCUCAGCCCUACACCGUUGAAAAGAAGGUACCGGUGGAGAUCGAGAAGCCAGUACCGUACCCAGUUAAGGUUCACGUCGACAAGCCGUACCCGGUUUACAAGGAAGUACCUUACCCGGUGGAGAAGGAAGUGCCGUACCCUGUGAAGGUACCAGUACACGUUCCCGUGCAUGUACCAAGCCAUCACGAGGAUUUCGGUGGUGGUGAUUAUGGCGGCAGUUCUGGUGGGUAUGAUGGCGGCCACGACGGCGGCCAUGAUGGCGGUCAUUAUGGAGGGUACCACUAGUUGUUGUUGUUUUGUAAUUGUUAUGUAAUGUCUGUGGAAAAAAUACUCAGUUUCGAUAUGUGUGAUUCAUUAUGAUUUCUUUCUUACGAAGGCGUCCAGUAUUAUGUAGAAUCUGUGUUAAUUAUUGUAUUUAUCUACUUUUAUAAUAAAUAUUUCUCUAUGA